GGAUAAAAACGUCAUCAACGAGCUGAUCUGCAAAACUGCUGACCCUAGAAACUGAAAGGCUUGGUAUCAGCAGCUGAGAAGUUAUAUUUGUAGAUUUAGUUAAAUUUUAAUACUAAAAGUAAUAGGUGGCUAUUAUUUUCCUUAAAGUUUACAGAAAACAAUAGUUUUAUCGUCAAUUCGGACUUCACACAUAAUAUCUGGAAUGUCUACUCCUGCUCGAAGAAGGCUCAUGAGGGAUUUCAAAAGAUUGCAAGAAGAUCCUCCAGCUGGUGUCAGUGGGGCUCCUACAGAUAACAACAUCAUGAUUUGGAAUGCUGUUAUUUUUGGGCCUCACGAUACUCCAUUUGAAGAUGGAACAUUCAAACUGACAUUAGAAUUCACAGAGGAAUAUCCUAAUAGACCGCCAACCGUUAGAUUUGUGUCCAAGAUGUUUCAUCCUAAUGGUCCAUGCUGAGGUGACUGUAGUUUC